AUGAAGACAGCUAUUGGAUUAUCUCCUUUCCAAAUGGUCUAUGGAAAGGCAUGUCACCUUCCGGUGAAGAUGGAACAUCGAGCUUUGUGGGCCUUAAAAUUCUUGAAUUAUGAUCCUGGUGACAUUGCUGAAAAGAGAAGAAGUGAACUUAUUGAGCUUGAGGAAAUGCGACUGCAUGCCUAUGAUUCCUCAAAGAACUACAAAGAAAAUAUGAAGUUUUAUCAUCACAAGAAGCUGGUGAAGAAAGUCUUUAAUCCAGGACAAAGGGUGCUGUUGUUCAUUUCAAGAUUGAAACUUUUCCCCGGAAAGUUGAAGUCCAAGUGGUCUAGUCCAUUUAUGAUCAAGAAUGUUCUCCCACAUGGAGCAAUUGAGUUAACAGACCCUUCCUCUGAAGAUCCACAAAGAAGUUGGGUUGUCAAUGGACAACGUCUCAAGCAUUAUUUUGGUUGUGAGGUGGAACGCAUGUCCACAGUCAUGGAAUUGGUUGAUCCAGAUUGA